AUGAGUGAGCUCGACCAACCCCGUAUAAAUUUUUACGAACGUGAUACACCAAGCUUCGACGACAAUAUUUUUUGCUCGCAGUGCGGAGACUAUGUAUAUGAAUUUUGCUCCAUACACGGCCCACUUCUUGUAAUACCUGACAAUGAGGUUCCGACUAAGUUUAGCUUCCCGUGUUACGUGCCACGAGCUGCUCUCACCAUUCCGAAUGCCUUCCUACAUCUCGCUCCUUCAAUUAUACCAGGAGCUGGUGUAGGAGUGUUCGCGACGUUACCUUUGCCCGCUGGCGUACGUUUUGGUCCGUACCGCGGUAUAAUUACCAGGGAGGUGACCUCGAUAUACUCUUGGCAGAUCUACAACGGACGAAACCAGCCGGCUUAUGUAGUGGACGCGGCAGACGAUAACCGCGCCAACUGGAUGCGAUACGUCAACUGCUCCCGACACUGGCUCGAGCAGAAUCUACUCGCAUAUCAAUAUAAGGGCCAUAUUUAUUACAGAACAAUCAAGAUUAUUCCGCAGUUUGCUGAAUUGUUGGUGUUUUACGGUAGCGAAAUGGCAAAUUUACUUAAUAUUAACCUAAGGAUUUAUAAUUCUGACGAAUACAGUCGCGAGAUUUUAGAAACUUUUAACAAUUUAAGAAGAAAUCAUGAAAACAUUGCUAAAUUUGAUCCAACUAUAGUCGAAAGAGGUACACAUAUAAAUAAUGAGCUAUUUACUUUAGACACAAAUGAAACAAACAGGAUACAGGAUGUAAACCUUUAUAACUCAUACCAAAUAAAUGAAAGUCAAAUGCACUCAAUGAAUACAGCCUACGGAAACGAAAUGUCAAAUGAAGUAAUUGAAGAAACUGAAGAUGGAGUAGGAGACGGAACUGGUUACAACAUUGAUAAGAAAUUAGAGCACGUUGGUGAAAUCCAAAGUUUCAAGAUAAACACAAGUUCCGAAAACUAUGGCCAUGCACUGCUAUCUAAUUCACACUAUUGUGAACAAUGUAGUAAACAUUUCCAAUCAAGAUACAAUUUAAGCAGACACAAAAUAACUGUACACGGCCAAAAUAAACUUAAAUGUACCCAAUGUUUAUUCACAACAAGCAGCGACUUCCUUUUCCAUAGACACAUGUGGAAACAUAACACAUCUAACAUUUAUAAUUGUGAAAUGUGUUCUUACUCGACCCACAAGAAAUACUACCUCGUCAGACAUCAGAGGGUCGUUCAUAAAAUUAUAAUAAACGUACUGCACUGCAAUCAUUGUGGUUACAAGACCACAGAUAAAACUAAAUUAAUCCAUCACCUGUCUACACACACAGCGUAUGAACGAUUGAAAUGUGAGUUCUGUGAAUUUAUCACGAAUACAAAAAGGAAUAUGAGAAGACAUGUUUCUCAAAAACACAUCUCGCGUAUCCAAAUGAACCAAUGA